AUGAAGCACACCAAGAUCGUUAAGAGAGCUGAUGGCGUCGUUCUGAUCAGAUCUUGGAGGGGUUGCGAGAAUACUACAAUAACUUGUAACGAAGAGUUCUGCCAUCCUCCCAUCCCAACUGUUCCCACCGUCGAGGGUCCUGUUUCACCAAUUACGGCAGUCGAAGCUAGUUCUGCCCUCGCAAAAAUAAAGUCGAACAAAGCAACCGGUCCUAAUGACGUACCUGCUGAUGCCUGGAAGCUGCUAGGAGAUCGAGGGUCCGUGUGGCUCGCAACUCUAUUUAACAAGAUCGUUGCAGAAGGACGGACUUCAGACGUUUGGCAAACUUCCGUGACCGUGCCUGUCUGGAAAGGGAAAGGAGACAUUGCUGACUGCACUUCGUACAGGCCUAUACGACUGCUGUGCCAUACGAUGAAGGUUUUUGAACGUGUCCUAGAAGCUCAUCUGAGGGAGAUUGUCAGCGUUUCACUCAACCAGAAGCUUUGUGAAGGUCUGCUAUCCAUGCUGUCCGCAUCCUUCUGA